UCAUUCAGACGGAAGUCGGGCACCUGCAAAGCGGACAUGUACCGGUCCAGUGUUCGGUCCAGCGGGCCUCAAGCCGAACAAGGGUUGUUGUCGCACGGUGACCGUUGGGCCCUGGACCGUGGCACCGUCUGGGGUGGGGAGGGCCUCGUAAAUAUGGGUUUUGAAAUUUUCCCGCGUUCCAACGGCCCUGCGAUUUCGAAUUUCCGUCGCCCGCCUCCGUAUCGCCACAACAAGCACGUAGGCCAACUGCAUGCAGAAGCCGCUGUCCUUCGUCCGGUGUCGGCAUGUAGAGUGCGUGGAAUGGCAGUCUCCGUAGCCAUGUACGGAUCGUUCCCGAAAGCUGCACGCACGUCGUGGGGGGGUUGGCUGCUUCGUCUUCCGAAUCCAACGUCCGCUCUCCAUCAAGCGAAGCGUUGUGUCGGAAACGCGGCGUGCCAGACACGUUCACGCGUGCCUCAGCCGCAGAGUGUUUUCAGUCGGAGCGCGGCCAGACUGUGCGAGAAGGUGCUGCCUUUCAUCCCGCCAUCGCUGGUGGGCCGGCCUAAGGAGAUCGUCGGCGACGUUGUGCACGCGGGGUCCGAAUGUUGGGACGAAGGAUUCGUUUCGGCAGUUCUGAGUGGGCGGGGAGGUCGCGGGUGGCAGGCCGGCAGCGCUGCACCUCGGUCCCCGGCCGGCGAUGGUGAUACCGAGGACGACGGUGAAGGAGGGAAGCAAAAGAAAAAGUCGUGGUCUUUGGAGGAGCGGCUGGCACUGGCAAAAUACAUGCGAGAGGAUGACGCAAUGAUGGCGGCCGUCCAGCCGAGACAAAAACACCAGCGGCGAUCGGUGAGGAAUGAUUGGGUGGCGAGGCGAAUGAAGGAGGAUGGGUAUCACCGAUCGGCGGAGGAUGUGGGGAAGAAAUGGGCUGACCUGCAAAACAAGUACAGGGAGAUCCACGACAAGUGCGGGGGGUCUGGGAAGCCGUCAUUCUGGGACAUGUCGGCCAAGGACAAGAAGAGGGAGGGCUUGACAUUCCUUUUUGAGGAAGAGUUGUGGGACGAGAUGGCGUGGGUGCAGGGGAAGAGGUCAACCAUGUGCGACAACACGAUGGAGUCCUCCGCGUUGCCUGGUGCACAUAGCGGGGGUUCAGAUAACGGAACCUCCCCUGACACCCCACAGGAAGAUUCUGAAAGCAGCAGGAACUCCCGCCGGACUGAGAGAGGGAAAGCCUCGGCGGAGGAAGGGUGCAGCUCUUCGAGAUCCGGUUCACGGUUUUCCAUGGAGGAGUCGACACUCACUCUAUGCGCUGGUCUCGGGGAUGCGGCGGGGACUCUCGCCCUGGCGAAUACAAAAGGUGCACAGCAAAUGGCCACUCAAAUCGGUGCGGUAGCCAGUGCAAUGAAGGACGGUAACGCUGUGCUGCAGCUUCUGGUCGAGGUGAUGGCGAGGCGUGUGGGGGGAGGAGGUGGACGACGUGAGGAGGGGGGCGACGACAUGAAUCCGUCAAGCAAGUGAGGGAAUGGUAACCAGUUCGAUCUUCAUGGCCGCAUUUGAAUGUA